AUGGCAUCCCCACAGCCAAAAGAAGAUGUCAUCAAGACGAACGUGUCGCCGCGGCGCAUGUCGGCCCCGAAGCGCGCCUACCUCGUCGCGUACAACGGCGUCUCGGCCCUCCUCUGGUCCGUCGUCCUCGUCCGGACGGUGACUGUGCUCCUCGAGAACGGGCUCGACAAGGGGCCCGUCCUCGUGUACCCCGCCGUCGGCGAGUGGACGAAGUGGACGCAGACCCUCGCCGCGCUCGAGGUCGUGCACUCACUGCUCGGAGUCGUCCGCGCCCCCCUCUUCACGACCCUGAUGCAGGUCUCGUCCCGCUUCGCCCUCGUCUGGGGCGCCGUCCACACCUACCCGCUGAUCGCCGCGAGCCCCUCCUACAGCAGCAUGCUGCUGGCCUGGUCCGUGACCGAGGUCGUGCGGUACCUCUUCUUCGCCCUGUCGCUGUCGGUCGGCGCCGAGCCCUACCCCCUGCGCUGGAUGCGCUACAGCGGCUUCUUCGCCCUCUACCCCGUCGGCAUCCUCAGCGAGCUGUGCGAGCUCCUCCUCGCCGCCCAGGCCGCGCGCGCCGAGGGCUCCGCCGCCAGGGCCGCCGCCGCAGCCGCCACCAUGCUCACGUACCUGCCCGGCGCGCCGAUGCUGUACACCCACAUGAUCAAGCAGCGGAGGAAGGUCCUGGGCGGGGGCGCCGGUGCUGCCGACAGGGCGGGUGGCAAGAAGAGGCAGUGA